AUGAGUCAUUACGAAAAGGAGGAAAAUAAAAAGUACUUUAAGCGCAGCGAGUUAGCCAAAAAGGAAGAGGAGGCCUACUUCCAGAGAUGUGGCUACAAGGUACAGCAGGAAGAGGAGGAGGAGAAACCACUGACUUCAUCAAAUCCAGUGCUGGAAUUGGAAUUAGCAGAAGAAAAGCUACCAAUGACUCUUUCCAGACAGGAGGUUAUUAGGAGACUGAGAGAGAGAGGUGAACCAGUGAGACUGUUUGGAGAAACAGAUUAUGAUGCAUUUCAACGUUUGAGGAAGAUAGAAAUUCUUGCCCCUGAAGUUAACAAGGGAUUGAGGAAUGACCUGAAGGCUGCCUUGGAUAAGAUUGACCAGCAGUAUCUGAAUGAAAUUGUUGGUGGCCAGGAAGCAGGUGAAGAUGACUCACAGAACGACUUGAAGGUCCAUGAGGAGAAUACUACUAUUGAAGAACUGGAGGUUCUGGGAGAAUCGUUAGGACGAGGUGAUGAUCACUAUGACAUGGACAUCAUAACCAAGUUCCUGAAGUUUCUCCUCGGCGUUUGGGCCAAGGAGCUGAACGCCCGCGAGGACUACGUGAAGCGGGGGGUGCAGGGCAAGCUGAGCAGCGCCACGCAGAAGCAGACCGAGUCCUACCUGCGGCCCCUCUUCAGAAAGCUUCGGAAAAGGACGCUUCCUGCAGAUAUCAAAGAAUCAAUAACAGAUAUUAUUAAAUUCAUGUUGCAAAGAGAGUAUGUGAAGGCAAACGAUGCCUAUCUCCAGAUGGCCAUUGGAAACGCUCCCUGGCCCAUUGGGGUCACUAUGGUGGGGAUCCACGCUCGGACGGGCCGCGAAAAGAUUUUCUCCAAGCAUGUAGCCCACGUGCUCAACGAUGAGACUCAGAGGAAAUACAUCCAGGGGCUGAAGAGGCUCAUGACCAUUUGCCAGAAGCACUUCCCGACGGACCCGUCCAAGUGUGUGGAGUACAACGCGCUGUGAGGCGCCG